GCAGUGAACAUCAUCUAGUACUCUACUGCAAAAAAGUAUGGAAUCGUAGAACGAAGCGACAAUAUUUGAUAACCGUUCAAGCAAUUAAGAGCUUCAAGAGCAACAUGAAGAGUUUAGUCGUCUUCAGUAUUUUAUGUAUCGUUGCCGCAGUCCAGGCUAGGUCGUUCUUGAUCAUAAGGGAUGACGAAGUUGCCCUUCCUGCUUCAGAGAAGAUAUCGAAGAGAUCACUGUUUGAGCAACUAGGUGAUGAAGAAAUAUACGAGGGUGAGCAAAUUACGUCUUCACAAGAAAAUGGAGACCUGAAAACAGUCAGUGAUGAAGAUAACGAAGAAGAAGUAGUGGAUUCGUCGGAAAAAAAUGAAGAUUUGAGAAUCGACAAACGAUCGGUUAGUGGACUGUACGACAACGUGGACGACAUGAGGUUCAGGUUUUUCCGUAAGGGCCUUAUUCGAGAGCGAUUCUAACAACCCUGGACAUCGUACUCAUCUACAUUUUGGAUAUUUAACCACUGUCAUCUUCGUUAUAAUUAGUGUUUAAUUUAUUCGUAUGUUGUAAGACUGAUUAUGUUUAUAUUUUUUUAUCAUUUGUUUUAAUAAAUUGUGUAAAUGUAA